AAUUCUAUUCUUUCGUUUUCCACAACAAUUGAAUACCUAACGCUAAUUAUUUAUUACGUUAUAUUAUGUUGCACAGGUUAUAAUAUUGUUUUUCUGCCGUCCGCUGAGAAAGAAUCGAAAAUAAAUCAGAAAUGGAUUCCGAAUCGUUCAGAGUAUGCGGGAAGACCGUUAUCGACUACAUCGCAGACUACGUGGACAACAUUCGAGACAGGCCCGUUCUGUCCUCCGUCAAACCAGGUUAUCUCUACGAAUUGGUGCCGCCCGAGGCUCCAGUCAAAGGUGAAGAUUGGAAGACGGUGUUGGACGACGUGGAGAACAUAAUCAUGCCCGGCAUUACACAUUGGAACUCGCCGCAGUUUCAUGCGUUUUUCCCAACCGGAAACUCUUAUCCGGCCAUCGUCGGUGACAUGCUGUGCAACGCCAUCGGAUCCAUAGGAUUUUCUUGGAUAACGAGUCCAGCGUGUACUGAACUCGAAGUGCAAGUUAUGAAUUGGUUUGGGAAAAUCUUGGACUUGCCGAAAGAGUUCUUGAACGAGUCCGAAGGGCCCGGUGGUGGCGUACUUCAGGGCAGCGCCAGCGAAGCUACGUUCGUGUGCCUGUUGGCAGCCAAAGACCGCACGACGAAGCGGAUCAAAGCACUCGACCCAAGCAUGACCGACGGUGAGAUCAAGGCGAAACUGGUGGCUUACACUUCCGAUCAGUCCAAUUCGAGUGUGGAGAAAGCCGGUCUCCUAGGAUCGAUGCCAAUGCGGAUGCUUAAGGCGGACAAGAGCGGUCGGAUGACCGGACCCAUACUGGCCGAAGCCAUGGCCGAAGACAUCGCCCGAGGGUUGAUACCAUGUUACGUGGUCGCCACGUUGGGCACCACUGGCACUUGCGCGUUCGACUGUCUGGAGGAACUUGGCCCCAUCUGCAACGAAAACGACAUUUGGCUGCACGUCGACGCUGCUUACGCAGGUGCUGCUUUCGUGUUGCCGGAAUACAGAUAUCUGAUGGCGGGAGUGCAAUUCGCGGACUCGUUCGACGUCAACUUGCACAAGUGGCUCUUGGUGAACUUUGACUGUUCGGCCUUGUGGGUGAAAAACGCCACUUAUUUAGUGGAUGCGUUCAACGUGGACCGGGUGUACUUGAAGCACAGCUACCAGAGCCAGGACCCCCAAGUACCGGAUUACAGACAUUGGCAAAUACCGUUGGGCCGGAGAUUCAGAUCGUUGAAAAUGUGGUUCGUGUUGAGGCUGUAUGGCGUGGAGGGUCUACAGGCACAUAUCAAAAAGCAGGUUCACUUGGCGGACUUGUUCGGGAAGCUCGUCAACCAGGAUCCGAGGUUUGAAGUCAUCACGGUCACCAUGGGAUUGGUUUGCUUCCGAUUGAAGGGCAACAACGACUGGACGAAAAGCCUUUACGAGCGACUGAUGGCUAGCGGACAAAUCUAUCUGGUAACGACCACCGUCAGGUCGAAGUUGGUCAUACGGUUCGUGGUCUGCAGCCGACUGACGGAAGAGGUCGACGUGCAGUUCGCGUGGGACGAGAUACGCGGACAGGCCGACCGUGUGGACAGCGAACGCGACGUGGCGCCUGCGAGCAUUUGCAACGGCCUUCCAGGAGCAUGGCCAAAGGACAAGGUGGACUGCGAAGAACUCACCGCUGCCACCCCCAUCGUCGUCAAGUCCCUGACCCAAGGAUGAGCUACCUAUACGAUAUAUAUAAAGACAUAUAGUUAUCGUCUUCAUAAUACAUAAUAUACCCUCAUUAGGUGUCGUUAUUAUUAAGGAUUAGGACGCACGAGUGAUUUUGAAAUAUGUACAUUAUUAUUAGUAUUAUUAUUAUCAUUAAUGUUAUUUGUUAUUAUAAUUAAUCCGUGUGUGCAAUCGUAUAGUGCUAAAAUAAGAAACCGAAAAACCAUCACGCUCCGACCAAAAGUGCAAUACAUUUAGAAUAAAUUUUCGAUACCUAAAUACGCAACAGAUAUUUAUUCGUAUUAUUCCGCGUGUAUUGUGCUAACUGUUAAUAAUAAUAUAUAGUUUAUAAUAUUAUCCUCGAAAUCGUUAACGUCAUUUCGAUUCAUUCUUUGUAUUAGUUACUAUAUUUACGUAAAAAUAAUAAUAUUUAGGCAAUUGUUUUGUUCUGAAUUCAUUUGCUAUUAUUCCGUAUUCGAUGGGUGUAGGAAGCGUUACUCAAAAGUUAAAAUUAAUAAUAUCUCUAUAAAUAUCAAAAGUACCUAUUUAAGAAGCAUACAUACGUGUCAUACAUGAUACAAUGAUACACCACUAUUGGGUAUAAUAUCCCGAAAAACUUACACAAUGCUAUACGAUUUCCGAGCCCUUCUUGAUGGAAUUGUAUGGGUACUUAAUACUUAUACUAUUAUAAUAUUAUACCUAACUACGCAGGCAAUUUACUUAUCCGAUCGUUUUCACGCGCGACGGUUUGGUUUUUUUGUUUUCUUACCUAGGUACAAAUUUCCUUUUAAAUUUUUAGAUGUUUAUUGAUAUGAUUAAUAUAAUGGUCUAUGUCCUGCUAUGUCCUAUGUCAAUUAAAACACGUCCAUGCUCUACAGGAUUAUACAUAGUAUUCUCAUUAUAUACAAUAAUAUUAUAGUUGGUAAAGUUUACGUAUUAAUGUUUGUAGAAAUCGAAUUAUUACAAAUUUUAUAUACUUGUUUUAUCAUAAUAAGUAUUAUAGUUUAUUGUAGUGGUUUACGUUGUUUAUGCGUAUAGGUACCUACGUCUUUGUUUUAAUUUCUUUGAUUAUUAAUAUUAAUACAUAUAAUAUUAUGAUAUACAUUACAAAACAUUAAUAAUAAGUGAUUUAAUAUAAUAUUAUACUUAUCGGUAAAUCGAAAUCAUGUAAUAUUUUAAACAAUAUAAAUACACAUUUAUACACA